GCAAUCCUUCCAACUUGAUCUCCCAAAGUGCUGGGAUUAGAGGUGUGAGCCACCGUGCCUGGCCCCACAAAUACUUUGUAGGCAUUUACCAUGUGUUAGGCUAUAGGAGGUGAAAGUAAGUAAGACUCAGUCCCUGCUCUCAAGGAACCAUGUGGAAAAGUGAAGAUGUGUGUGCAGACACAGAAAUGACACCACCAGGUAGAGCAGAAGUUGCAUGAGUGCUACUGCAAUAUAUGACAAGAUAUUAGAGUGGAAAAGGUCACUGGCAUGGGCUGUUCAGAAAGGGCUUCCUGGAAGAGGGAAGCACAAGCAGAUGCUGAUGGGUACGUAAGCCUAAUUUAACAGGGAGGACAGGAAAAGCAAUUGGCUGGCCGCUAAGCAGAUCAGGCUUGGGCUGAAUGGUCAGUUCUUCUCAUCACCCUAUCAGUCCAAUCUAAAUUUCUGAACCAGGAAAAGGAGCUGCGCCCGGCAAGAUGGCGCCAUCCGCAUUGCUGCAUCCCUUCUCACGGCUGCUGGCCCUAGCCAGGCCCCCAAGCGGCUCUUCAGCAUGGUCAAAGUUCUACGUGUGGGACCUGCCGAACGACAAAACUGACUGGCUGAAAGUUGGGUUGACUGUGGGCACCACUGUAUUUAUGUGGGUCUACCUCAUCAAACAACAUAAUGAAGAUGUUUUGGAGUAUAAAAGAAGAAAUGGGUUGGAAUAG